AAUGUUUGUAGUCAUUGAUUAUAUUUAAAUAAUUGAAAUCCAUAAAAGGAAACAAGUAAAUUUUUUAGUUAUAAAAUAUAAAUUUCUUAUAAACUUAUCGAAAUAAUGGUUUAGUAAUACAAAUAUUUUUAAAAAAGUUAGAUUAAACAAAAAAAAUGGUAAUGAAUGCUGGAGAAAUUGAAAAUGUGAGAGUAGCAGUACGUUUGAGACCACUCAGUAAAAAAGAAAAAGCAUCUGGUUGUGUACCAGUUGUUUUAGCUGAUCCUGAGAAUGCAGCCAUAUAUGUACAAAAUCCAAAUCCUUCAUAUGUUGGCCCUCCAAAAACUUUUAUGUUUGAUUUGGUUUUUAAUUCAGAUUCUAAACAAUUAGAUGUUUACAAUGAAGUUGCUAGGCCUAUUGUGGACAAAGUAUUUAAUGGUUAUAAUGGAACAAUUUUUGCUUAUGGUCAAACAGGUACAGGAAAAACCUUUACAAUGGAAGGAUCACACACAUCUCCUGAACUUAAUGGGAUAAUUCCUAAUUCUUUUGCUCAUAUUUUUGGUCAUAUUGCUAAAGCUAAAGAAGAUAUUAAGUUUUUAGUUAGCGUGUCUUAUUUUGAAAUUUAUAAUGAAGGUGUCUAUGAUUUAUUGAGCAAGCAUGUAUCUACUGAAUUAGAAGUAAAAGAAAGGCCUGGUAUUGGGGUGUAUGUAAAAGAUUUAUCUACAUAUGUUGUAAAUAAUGCAGAUGAUAUGCACCAACUUUUAAUGACUGGCAAUAAAAAUCGUGCUACUGCUUCUACAGCUAUGAAUUCUGAAAGUUCUCGUUCUCAUGCUAUUUUUUCAAUUUCUAUUGAAACUAGCCGGCCUGAUAUAAGAGGAGAAUAUCAUGUUAAAGUUGGAAGACUUAGACUAGUGGAUUUAGCUGGUUCAGAGAGACAAUCUAAAACUGGAGCUUUAGGCAUCCGUUUUAAAGAAGCAACUAAGAUAAACUUAUCACUCUCUACUCUGGGUAAUGUUAUAUCAUCAUUAGUUGACGGUAAAUCUACACAUAUUCCUUAUCGUAACUCAAAGUUGACUCGCAUAUUACAAGAUUCUCUUGGAGGAAAUUCUAAAACUGUUAUGUGUGCUACCAUUGGACCAGCUGGAUUUAACUAUGAUGAGACAAUUAGUACAUUGCGAUAUGCCAAUAGAGCAAAAAAUAUACAAAAUAUGUCUAAAGCAAAUGAAGAUCCAAAAGAAGCUUUACUUAGACAAUUUCAGUUGGAAAUAGAAGCCUUAAAAAAACAAAUUGAUGAUAGUAGUAAAGGUCUUAGUGAAGCUGAAGAAGAAGUUGCAGAAGGAGAAGAAGAAGGAUUGGUUGUUGGAGUUUCUGAAAAAGUUAUUAAUGCUGUACAGAGUAAGCGUGAAGAAUUAGAUGCAGCCCGUCAUGAAAUGAUAAGAUUAAAAGAAAAAUUAGAAAAUAUGGAGAAAAAGAUUAUUGUUGGCGGAGAAAAUUUAUUAGAAAAAUCUGUUGCUCAAGAAAAACUAUUAGAAGACUCAGCAAAAGAAUUGUUGGAUAGAAAAUCCAGACAAAUGAAUCUUAACAUGCGUUUACAAGAAGUUCAAGCAGAAAAAAUGGACACUGAAGAUAAAUAUAGUAACUUGCAAGAAAGAUCUGUAGCAUUAACUAAAAAACUUAAAAAGAUAUCAGCUGCUAUUUUAGCUGUUAAAGAAGAUUUAAAAGAUACUGAAGAAGAGGGAAAACGAGAAAUUGAAGAAUUAAAAGAAAUUUCUAAACAAACUACUAAAGAACUAAAAAUGCAAGAACUUAUCAUUGAGCACUUUGUUCCAGAUGAAUACUUAGAUAUAAUAAAAAAAAAUUCAUUUUGGAAUGAAGAGAUUGGAGAAUGGGAGUUAAAAUGUGUUGCUUAUACUGGAAAUAAUAUGGCAAAAGAGUUACCAAGUGAAGAAGACAUAAUUUUAAAAUCUCACAGACCAGACUUUUCACACGUGUAUUUAACUUACAAAGAUAGAAGUCAUUCAAUAAGAUCCAAAUCAAGAACUGGAAAACGGAAUCUCAAUUAAACUAUUCAUGAAUUAUUAUUCUUAUAGAAAAAUAUUGUGAUAUUGACACAUUCCUAGUCAUUAUUUUAUAUCUAAAUACUAUCACUAAUUUGAUUUUUUUCAAGAAAAAAAGCUUAAGGAAAAUUUAAAAAGAGCAUAAUCUAUGUCAUAUUGAACAAUUAUCUUAUUAUACAGAUAAUAUGAAUUAAUAAAUAAUAAUAGCUAUAAUUACAAAAUGUAUUACAAUUAAUAAUACAUGUGAUUUUAUAAUGUAGUUAAAAUAAUCAAUAUCUGAAGGAGAAAUAUAAUACUUAAAAAUAAAUUUGAUAAAAACUACUAACAUUAAAACAAUUUUUGAUAUAAAAUUACUAUAUACAAAUUAUGUAUAUAUAUAUAUAUUUUUUAUGUUGUCCUAGAUGUGAAUAUACAAGAAGCUGGUAAGUUAGUUUUAAUAAUUAAAACAAAUAUUCAACUUUGAUCACAUAGUAUGACAAAGUAUAUGCCUGAAGUCUUAAUUUCACAGACAACGACUUUUUCAAUAAUUUCAUCUUGAAAGUGAAUGCGAUCUUUCUUCUUUAUCGUGUAAUCUUUGAUUAGAAGGAAGUUUAUAAAAGAACUGAUGAUCUAAUGCUUCUUCCAUGGUCAUUCGUUGAGAUGGUUCAUACUUAAGUAAUUGAGAGAUCAAAUCAAAUAAUAGUCUAUGGUCUUCUUCUUCUGAGCUCAUGUAUCUCUAAAAUUAAAUAAUUAUAAAAUUUAAAUUUGUUUUAAUAACAAAUAAUUAACAUACUUUUAAUGGUUUACAGUUUUCUCUAACAUAACGUCCAGCAGAACUAGACUGGUCCCAAUCAAGUUUACCAUGAUAAAAGUAUUUGGUUUUACUACGCCUAGCCAUCCUUAAAAACAAUAUGUAUAAGGAAUAAAUGAAUUAUAACAUAAUAUAAAUUUUGACAAUUACUUGUAAGGUAUUGAGCCUAGUAUUCGCUCCAUCAUUGCAAGGUGUUCACGGUUAUCAUGCGUUUGAAAUAAAGUGAUACCAAGAUAAAGUUCAAAUAUAAUACAACCAAUUGACCAUACAUCACAAGGUUGGGCCCAACCAAGUUCU